CGCUGGUGAGCGAGGCGAAGAAAUCGGCCAGCAUUCUCGUCGACGGGAAGGAUUUAGGAGAAAUUCGUCGUGAAGUGACGUACAGCGACGCCGUGGGCGCGCCGAUCGAAAAACCGACCAAAAGUUUCUUGGAGAUGGAUGGCAAGCAGUUGAUUUUUUCGAACAAAGAGCUCGGUAAGGUGAAAACGGUGAAAAUACCGGGCGUAGAAAACGCAAAGGACACCGUGGGAUUUCACCUCGUCGGCUUCGUGGACGCCAAGACGAUUACGAGAGAUUUGUGCCUGAAAAAGUCACACUUCGUCGCCGGUGAAGAGAAAGGGUGCGCCGCGUUCCAAGGACUGUUGCGCGCGUGCGUGGAGGAGAACAAAGUCGCGAUAUGCGCGCUUUCGCGCUCGACGCGCUCGGCGCUUCGCUACGUCGCCCUUCUGCCGCAACUGGCGCCGAGCGCGGAUGAAAUCGCCGCCGCCGACGACGCCGUCUCUCGCUUGGAACCGCCCGAGGGUUUUCACGUCUUUUACCUACCUUUUCGAGACGACACGCGGCACCCAGAGCGCGCGGUUGCGUCUGAAAAAGCACCGCUCCCGCGCGCGAAUGAAGCGCAAAUAACCGCCGCGCGAAGCGUCAUCGACGCCAUUCGUCUCACGCAAUGGCAUCCCAAGCAAACGCCCAAUCCGGCGCUCCAGACGCACUAUCGCGUGUUGGAAAUGUGCGCGUUAGAGCGCAACGUCAUGGAACCCGUGCACGACGACACUGAACCCGCGCUGGAUGAAUGGCAACGCGCCGGCAUCCCCGCCCUUCUCGCCGGUUUCGACGCCGAGUGCUUCGGCGCGUCUCGCGCCAUCGACGACUUGCACGGCCGCGCCGCGCCCGCCGUCGACGUCACGGGCGCCACGAUCGGCGCGAAGCGCAAAGCCAUCGAAGCUCCGAAACCUCGUUCGCCGCCCGCGCGGGCGCACAGACCCGAACCCAUCAUGACCAUCGCGCCGCACCACGCGUUCGUCAUCGAGCGCGUGAAAGCCGACGCCCUGACGUCUCUCACCACCGACGCCCUGAAACGAUUCUUAGCCGCGCACAACCUUUCGUGCGCCGGUUCCAAGGCGCAGCUCUGCGAUCGAGUCGAAUGUCACGUUCGCAUGUGCGCCGGAGACGCACUAGACUAG